CGGCGCUGGCGCCCCGUCUGGCGCACAAGGCUUCGGGACGCACACACCAGCCCUUGUGGACUUCGAAUGUCCGGACUGCGGCAUUCCUGUCUAUUGCAGCGAACGGCACUGGGCAGAGGACUACGAGACCCACCUCCGGAUCUGCGAUACGUUGCGACAGAUCAACGAGGAUGACCACGACCUCCGCUCAGGAAGAUUCUUCCCCGAGUUUGAGUAUGCAGGUCCGCAGAUGGAAGAAGCCGCCGUCAACAUGACCAACUGGGACACUUUUCUCUACACAAGGCAGUUCGAGGCCAUCAAUGACGACCGGAGCAUGCGCCAAGUCACGAGGUUGCUAACCUACCCGCUCACAAUAGGCAGUAUCCUCCACGAGCUUAGCCCCUACAAUAUAAGGAAAGGCGGCAGGCUGACCCCCGAGGGGCUGAAGAGCUUAAGCGCGCUACGAUACACCUUACAUCCGCCCAAGUCGGGAGGCGGGAUCGACAUCAAGGGCCUGCGACCGGAAGCGCCGGCGGUGCGGAUAUUUAUCUUGGGCGCCCGCGCCGAGUCGUCUUUGCCCCGGAAUGUUUGGGUGCAGCUGGCCCACCUCUUUCCUCGGGGGAAGUUCCACCUCAUCUUCAUCGGGCCGGAGAGCAUGGCCAACCGGGAUGACGAAUUCCCGCUGCCGCCUCGAACCGCGGCCAACCCCUUUGGCGCCAUAGUGGAGGACCGAGUGUGGCCGACGAUGAAAAUCAGCACCAUCGUGGACUACUACCACACGCUCCACCGGACGGGCCAUUUCUACCCGUACGACCCGUACUUCGAUUGCUUCGUCAUGUUCCAUCCGGGGCUCGGACACCCGGCUAGCUCCCACGAGUGGUCGGAAACGGUGCCCCUACUGCUAGAGACGAAGGCCCCGAUUAUAGUGACGGGCUAUACGCAGUACGACAUGGAUCGCGACAUCGACUGGGUGAGGACUACCUGCCGCGGCGAGUUCGACAUGCUCAUGGAGCCGGGAGAGAACAUAUUCAGGAGCUUACGAUGGGAUCUGAACGACCUCGACCCUCAGGAUAUCAGCUGUGGUAACUGGGGCGUCUGGGCUUUCCGAGGCAAGAGAUACGAGGCAACCACAAGAGAUGCAGCCCCAUGAGGCAGGCUACGGGUCGGCUUGGUACCAGUAUGUCGAACGAUGCGCAUGUGCAUGUAGGUAUGUAACCAUCAAGUGCGGGCGGGUAGGUAACGUGUACAAAGGAUUUUGGAACCGCGCCAGUGGAGAAAAUACAAUAGCUGCCUCAAACCCAGAGAGGUUAUGUUUUUCGGGAACAUAGUGGCAAACUCGUGACAGGACAGCGUGAGGCUCAACAGAUACCUAUAUUUUAGGAAAACAGGGCGAGAUAGUCCUAGAUGUGCCUGAAGCCGGAUCCUUGCCUGGCAUGGCAUGCAAGGAUGGAACAAGUGUUCGUGGGCAUCGGGGGCCUGUGCUCCCCCAUAAGCAUCGUGCACAGGAGCGUAUGUAGGCCCGGCCAGGCCAGGCCCAGCACCUACGUACCUGACACAUGCACUCAGCUCAGCCCUGUGUGGUGCGUAUUAUACAGUAAUCCCCAACGUCUCAACGUCGCUGGAGGUGGCGCAAGCCUGGGAACGGCGGAGGGGGAACAGUGGAGGCGGACAGGCUGCAGGUGUACACUAAGCUGCAUCCCACGUCCUACCCCUUUCGAAACCGGGUCGCACAGGGAGAGACAAGUGUCUCUCAAACAA